GGCGCAAACAAGACGAAAGUGGGGGAAAGAAACCAGAGCCAUGAAGUAGAGCUCUUGAGUCUUGACCUCUGACUUUGAGAUGGCAGUUUCUCCAAAAAAUCUCCACCUUCCUCCAUCUUCUUGCUUCAGCUCCAAGAUUCCAUCGUAUCCACUCUCAGUUGCUGCUUCAACGAUUCGAGUCUCCACGAAAUUCGGUUCCGUACGAGUCCGUUUCAGCCGACGAUCGAUCGUCAGAUACAACGAUCACGCCGGAGAAGAUGAGGAGGAGGAAAAUUGGAGCUUUGAGGAAGCAGUAACGCUUUUCAACAAGAGAGAUUAUUAUAAAAGCCACGACGCACUUGAGGCUCUUUGGAUCAGAGCUGAGGAGCCAACUCGAACCUUAUUCCAUGGAAUUCUUCAAUGUGCCGUCGGAUUCCACCAUCUCUUCAACAACAACCAUAAAGGAGCGAUGAUGGAGCUAGGAGAAGGAGUUUGCAAGCUAAGGAAGAUGAAUUUCGAAGAAGGACCUUUUCACGAGUUCGAGCGAGAUGUCUCUGCCGUUCUUGAAUUCGUUUAUCAAACUCAGCUCGAACUCGCUGCCUGUUCAGAAGAUAUGUGUGUGACGAUGGAUCAAUCGGACAGAUCUUAUCAACUGUUGGGUGGUUAUGCAGCUGGAGAGAGUAUAUACAGCUUAGAGACUGUGGUCGAUUUCAACAAUGGAAUGUCUGAAACAACUGCUAUACUCUUCUCUCCUUCAAGUUCCUCCCCUGAGCCAACACGGGUUAAGCUCCCAACCCUAACCGCAACCGAUAAGCAUCUUCUUGCUUUUACAGGAGACGAGAGGUUCUAAGGCAAUGAUCAAAAUUGGUUCUUAAUUGUAAAUCCACGAUUCAAAGAUAAUAGAAGCUGUUUUUUUUU